AUGAAGUCGAUUAAGAAAUUGACACUAUGUAAAUGUUUAAAAUUGGGAGCUAAAAGGUUAAGGAUAGAUAGUUUGUCUUUAAGCAUUUGUUUAAAGAUAAAUUACAGAGAAAAAGAUCGCGAAAGAGCUCAGGCUAGGAGCGGCGGAAAAGGAAAGAACAAAGAUGAUGGAUUGACGCCCGAACAACGCCGUGAAAGGGAUGGGAAAGCCCUUCAAGAAAAGGCGGCGAAGAAAGCGGGGCAGGCGGCGGGGGCUGGCGGCAGUGAUGCCGGAGUCAUGGAUCUGAUGGCCAAGAGUGAAGGUGUCACAGCUGCUUGAUCCCGUGGUAGGUGCUUUAACUAUAUUGCGUCAUUAGAUGUCAAGAGUAAUUAGAGAAAUGAAGGUGAUCUCAGUGCAAAUUAGCAGAAGUUUGGCUCCAAAUUCUGGGAAAUACGUCUGGCAUACGCUGAAAUGAGCAAUUCUAUGCUUCAGAGUAUUAGUGGAGGAUACAAGAAACGUCAAAAAGAGUUG